AUGGUUGAUAAUCAUAUAGAAAAUUCUGAUUCAGAAUUAGAAAAUCAAAUUUAUCUUCGAUAUUCUUGUUCACAAUGUGGAAAAUCAUUUACAACAUUAAGUGGUUUAAAACAACAUAUGCAUAUUCAUUCAUCAAUAAAACCAUUUCAAUGUGAAGUUUGUUUAAAAUCUUAUACACAAUUUUCAAAUCUUUGUCGACAUAAACGAAUGCAUGUCGAUUGUCAAACAAAAGUUAAAUGUAGAUUUUGUGAACAAAAUUUUUCAAAUAGUACAACACUUAAUAAACAUCAACAUUUUUGUGGUGGCAUAAUGUUAUCUUCUCUACCAAUACAUCCAUCAAUAUCCUUAAAUAAAGAACAGAUAAAUAAUUGGUUAUGGAAUUCAAAUUUACCAUUUUCUCUUUAUCCUUAUCUAUCACGUUUAACUUCUAUAGAUCCAUUUAUUAAUGGAACAUUAUCUUCAUUUAUAUUUCCAUUAUUAUUAAAUCCAACUGAACAAACAACAACAACAACAACAAAUACGAAUGAUGAUAGUAUCCCACUUGAUUUAAGUAUUAAAAAAUCUUCAUCACCUAGAAAACGUUCUUCAUCAUCACUUUCAUUUGAAAUAAUUAGUCCUCAUUUACUAGUAUCAAAUGAUCAACAACAACAACAAAAUAUAUUAUUAUCAAAUAAAACCGAUGAACAACAAUUAAUAACAUCAAUGAAUCAUUCGAAUCUACCUGAUAGUCGCAAUCAUCAUUUACCAAUAGAUACAUCAUAUUAUUUAAAUGCUCGUUUAUCAAAUAAAUAUAAAUACGUAUGUUCUUAUUGUGAAAAAAAUUUUCCUCGUACAGCAAAUUUAACUCGACAUUUACGAACACAUACAGGCGAACAACCUUAUGAUUGUAAAUAUUGUGAACGAUCUUUUUCAAUUUCAUCGAAUCUUCAACGUCAUAUACGUAAUAUACAUAAUCGUGAAAAAUAA